CCACCCCGGCCACAGAGAAGGGAUCUACAGCGCUGUGCUAAGCGAUCAGAAGAUCGCUAGCAAAGAAGGGGGCACCCAUGGGAACCUUCCUGAUCACUCAGUUAACUGAGCCACACAGCUGAGGCUCCUGGCAGCCACUGCAAAAAGUGCUCCCAGGUGCAAACAGCGCCCCCACGUGACCUACGCCGCCCGGCUCCGCCCAGGUGGCGCCCUUCGUCAUCACCCUCGCCUCCCUCAUCCUCGAGUUUAUUCCUGGGGAGGGGGGCGGGGCAGAGAGAUUCUGCAGCUGGGCCCAGAGUGGGCAUGGAGACGGCACCAGCCCGUGAUUUGACGCGCCAGCAGGAACUUCUGGCGCCACCUUGUCUGGACACCGAAUCGUUCCGGAAGUGUCGACCCCCCGCGCUGGAGCCUGGAGCCCUGAGAUGCCUCACUCCCAAUGGCAGGUCCCUGUGGUCUGCAUGCCAGGACUCAGUCAGCCCAGCACUGCCUUUCCUCCAAGAGAAGGAAAAGGGGCCACCAGGGCCCCCUUCGCCAGCCACCCAGGCCCUGGGCCCGUGCUGGGAGCUCAUGGUCAUAGGGAUGUCAGACGCCCUAAAUAUGGCAAGAAAUAUCAAGAGUACACAGUACCCCAAACUGGAAACUUCCAGUGCUGCUUCCCGGGCCUCACUCCAGAGAAGACCACGGAAGCAGCUGAGCCCCCGAAAGGGCAUUGAGAAGGUGGAUCCCGGGUUCAAGGGGGUGACUCUGGAGUUCCAGAUACAGCCGGAUUCUAGCCUCCAGAUUGUACCCACCUACAGCUUGCCUGGCAGAAGUUGCUCACAAAAGCUCCCUGCGAGCCCUUCCAAGGCCCUUGUCAGCCCAGGAGGCAAUGAGGCCCUCGGGCCCCGGCGCUGUGCUUCUUGUAGGACCCAGAGGACGCCACUCUGGAGAGAUGCUGAAGAUGGGACCCCCCUGUGCAAUGCUUGUGGCAUCAGGUACAAGAAAUAUGGCACCCGUUGUUCCAGUUGCUGGCUGGUUCCAAGGAAAAGCAUCCAGCCCAAGACGCUGUGUGGCAGGUGUGGGGUGUCUCAGGACCCCCAAUUAGGCCCAACUCAGGAACUGUAGCCCCUUCAUAUAAACAAGUCACUUUUGCCUCAGUUUCUCAAGGAGAGG